UUGGGUUGGUAAAAAAAAAAGGUUUGGGGUUGAAAACCCCUCCCCGCCCCCUCUCCAGCUUCAGCAGUCGCAUCUGGUGCAAGGGGAUGGGAGGAAGACCAGCUCUCCCAAGGGUGAGUUUCAGGACAGAGGCGGGCCUUCCCUUCUUGUAAAGACACGUGCGAGAAGAGGCGGCGGCGGCGGCGGCAAGGGAGAAAGUACUCAUGUAAACACAUUUGGAAAAACCAAAUCCUCUUGAUGUAUGGCGGAAUCCUGUGACAGAGCAGUUUCCUUGACAACAGUCUCUGCCUCCUGGAAAUUGUUGGUAAACUUUGGCCUAAGCUUGUGGUCAAAAUUUGAGGAGGAGGAAGACUCUUCCCAUCAUGUUUGCCUGUGAGACUUUGGGUAUGACUGGUCAGACCCCGGUCUACAAUUGGGACAAGUCUGUCUACCUCUUAGAAGACAAAAUGGAGUCCAUACAGGGUUCAGGAGAGCUGGAUCUCCAUUUUAAGGUGCUGCUUGGGCAGGAGAUGUAUCCAGAGAUCACAAUUGAGGAGGAAGAGCCUGAUGAAGUAGAAGUAGAUGCUGAAGGGGAGGCAGAUGAAGAGGAAGAAGAGGAAGAGGGGGGAGAGGAGGAGGAGGAAGAAGAAGAAGAGGAGGAAGAAGAAGAGGAAGAGGGAGAAGUGGAGGAGGAGGAAGACGAGGAGGAAGAAGAGGAAGCAUGUCCACGAGGCCCUCAGCAAGUGGCAGUGGCAGCAGUUGAUGGAGAUGACUCUCUGUUUGUGGUGUGUACUGGAACAGUUGAAGAGCUGCUAGGCCUAGAGGCCACACUAACUGCUGAAUCAGUGCAGCUAGAGGCAACACAACCUCAGCGCUGGGAGGUCCAGUGGGAGGAGGUGUCCCAAACUUCACAGCCUCUCCUUCCUGAAAUUAUAGAGUCACCAUUAAUAUCUCCAGAAGCAUCCACCUCCAAUAUCACUGAGGUAGUGGAAGUUGCUGCAACAGCCACCUCCAAUAUCACUGAGGUAGUGGAAGUUGCUGACCUAGGGGUAGAACCAGAGGCUUUUCCAACCAUUUUGGAGCAACUAAUGAGUACUUCAUCCCCAUGGGGAGCAUCUUUCAUUGAAGAGAGCCACCGGGACCUUCAACGCUCACCGGCUAGUGCAGAUAGAGGGAGUAUUGGCAAAGCACGGACACCUAUAUCUGGAGGAAGCAGCUUCAGCCUGGAGACUGCCCGCCGGCGCUUCCGGCAAUUCUGUUACCAAGAUACUGAGGGUCCACGAAAGGCAUGUGGUCAGCUCUGGGAGCUUUGCAAUCAUUGGCUGAAGCCAAAGAAUCGCACAAAGGAACAGAUUCUUGACGUCCUAAUCUUGGAGCAGUUCUUGGCUGUUCUCCCUCCUGGAAUCCGAAGUAGGGUAUGGGAAUGUAGCCCGGAGACUUGCGCACGGGCAGUGGCCCUAGCAGAGGAGUUCCUAGCCAAGCAGAAUGAAGCAGAAAGACCAGAGGAGGAGGUAAGAUGGGAUUUUGACUUAUUUGAGGAGGUAGUGGUGACAUUUCCUAAUGAAGACCAAGUCCUUUCAGAUACUGAGCAUGGAGAUAUAUGCAUGGAAACUGGACAGCAGGUUGAUGGAGACAUAUGUUUGCUUGGUUCUUCUGACACUGAAGCCACCUGGGAUUCUUCUGCAGAUGAAGGAAGAGGAGGAGGAGGAGGAGGAGGUUCAGCAGGUGCCCAGACUCCCAACAGGGCAGAUCCUCAGAUGAUAUUUGGAGAAAGACUCAAUGGCGGUGUGCAGCAUUUGGCUCCGAAGAGGAUACGGAUAAGAGAGAAACGGCACCCUUGCAUUGAAUGUGGGAAGCGUUUCCGUUGCCAAUCGGAACUGGCUCUACAUCAAAAAGUCCACACCCGGCCCAAAUCCUAUCACUGCGCUGAAUGUGGGAAACAGUUUGGUCGAUCCUCACAUCUCACCAGGCAUCAGAAAACCCACAUGAGUGAGGAGUGCCACGUCUGCAUCGAAUGUGGCAAGCGAUUCCGGUGGUCCACGGAGCUAGUCAUCCACCAGAGGAUCCAUGCUGUUGAACAGCCGCACUACAACAUGGAUGCUGACACUUUGGGUCAGUGGCCCUCCGAGUUCAGUAUAAUGCAGAAUAUUUUUACAGGUGAGAAAGCUCCUCCCAAUGGCGAGAUGGUAAAACCUCACACAGUCAAGAAGCCUCACCUUUGCCCUGAAUGUGGGAAAGGGUUCCGGUGGCCCUCUGAACUCGCCGCUCAUCAGAAAACUCACAACAAGAACAAGCACUACCUCUGUCCCGAGUGUGGGAAGGGAUUCCAGUGGCCCUCAGAGCUGACAGCCCAUCAGAGCACCCACGCAGGCAACAGUUUGCCUCCCAUUGCUGAUUGUGAGAACAGCAUCAGCCAGCCACCUCAUCAUCCUCCCUACCUGGGAGCUGGCAUGACAGAGAAACGCCAUGCUUGCGGAGAAUGUGGCAAGGCAUUCCGAUGGCCAUCGGAACUUGCCACCCACCAGCGCAUCCACACAGGAGAAAAACGCUACUUCUGUACAGAGUGUGAGAAGGGGUUCAUAUGGCCUUCAGAGCUGGCCGCUCACCAGCGAACCCACACUGAGAAGCAAGCUUACCAGUGCACGGAGUGUGGGAAAAUAUUCCAUGAUCUCUAUGGUCUCACGAGACACCAGAAGACCCACCUGGGAACCAAGGUAUACCCUUGCACCGAGUGUGGAAAAACCUUCAGUCGGCAAUCCCAUCUGACUCGGCAUCGGAUCACCCACACUGGCGAGAGACCCUACCCGUGUAUUGAAUGUGGGAAACGGUUUGGCCGACAGUCGCACCUCACUCGGCAUCUUAGAAUUCACACCGGAGAAAGACCCUAUCAGUGUGGUGAGUGCGGAGUGAGGUUUAGGCGGAGACACAGCAUGAUGUACCACCAGCGGAUCCAUUUGAGAGAGUCUAGUGAAGGUCUGGACAUGAUGAACCCUCCUAACGCAGAAAGCCUCGUUGAUCCUCUCCUGAGUCCUAUCCAUGUCACAAUUUGACACGUUGGGUGGUAGAGAAGUAAUUUCAGAAGGAACACGGGAUGGGUGAGUGGGACACUUCGAUCACAACAUUUGGAAGAGAUUCUCGUGGUUAUAUUAUUUCACCAGGGUCUGUAUCACAGACAGGGUCCAAGAGGCACACGUUUCAGGAUUCCAUACAGCCUGGCAGAGAAUGCUAGCACAACAGGGCCUGCGAUUUGUGUAAACGCUGUAAAGGAUUCUGGGACAAGAUGCCUACGCUGUUCUCUUGACCAUGAAUUGCUCUGUAGUUGGGCUGAAAAACAGGGCUGCCCCCCAGAAACAGAUCUGGUAGAUUGGUGGCCAGGUUUAGCCCUGUGGUCCUAAUUUUAGAUCUGGCUCCUGCAGAGCUUCGAUAGCGGGAAAGAAACAUUUGAUAACCAGGAUGGGUCUCCCCUUGCUACUCAUAUCAGGCAGUGCAGUGUUUGUUCCCUGGAACACCUUGUGGUGGGGUAUUGGACAGAAUCUGCUUUUCUCACUUCCUUCACUUCUUUCUGUGGCACAUAUGUGGGUCAAGCUGGGAUUGUUGCGAUGAGAGAACUCUGUGGGGCCAUCAUGUUGUUCCUUGCAGGCCAGGGCACUCCUUCCUUUUACACUGUUGGUAUGUAGAAAGAAAUCAGUAAUACUUUUCCCACUCUUAUGCUGUUGCAGUGUGGAAAGCUGACCUUUCCCACUUUUUAAAAUAAUAAUAAUAUAAUAAUAAAAACCUCUUUAUGUGCAAGAGUCUGAUUUGGAAUUGAAUCCAACAACCUAUUACUUCAGUAGCAAUUCUUCAUUUCUAACAAUCCUCCCAAGGCAAAGAAAUCAGCUAAUCAAUCUAUUUUGAAAGACAACAUGGUAGGCUCUCCAAAGAUACUUUCUCUGAGAUACUUUCACUCUCCACGGCACUUCUGUUUUUCCUUUCCUCUUUUCUUGGGAAAUCUGGGUGAAAUUUCCUUCCUUCCCUGGGGGCUAAAUUACUUUAAAGAAAUAAGGCAGUGCUUGGGCCUUCAAAGCAGUGGUUUUCAACCGUGGCAAAUUUCAGAUAGGUGGACUUCAACUCCCAGAAUGUUGAUGUACUGGGUGGGGAAUUUUGGGAAUUGGGAGUCCACACAUCUGAAAUUGACCACGGUUGAGAAAGCUUGCUUCAGAGGAAAAGAAGAGCACAUUCACUUUCACUAUAUUGCUAUAGCUUUCCCUCACCUGGGACUCUGCAGAUGUCUAGAAUUGCAUUUCGUUUUAUCCUUAGCCACCACGGUCAUGCUUUUGGGGUGAUGUGAGUUAUAAUCCAACACGUAGAAAAGAUAGCAGAUGUAGAAAGGCUGAGCUAUUAUUUAUUUAUUAUUUUUGAGAGUAUUUAUCUCGUUUUUUGUUUUUUUUUUAAAUCCAAUAAGGCCAUGAAUUAAAAGAAACUACAUUGCAGAGUAGAGUAAAAUCACUACAAAAUAACAGCUGGACCAAGCUGUUGUUUCACCAUCAAAUAAUAUUAAAAUUAGAGAUAUGAUGAAAGGUUCUAUAACCUACAAUAUUUCUAAAAUGUCUUGAGGAAUGGCAAUAUCCACACGGCCGCCUCUGGAAGGCAAUCCAGAAUGAUGGGUUGGUUUUUUUCCAUAAAGGGUUUUUUUUUUUUUUUUUUAGAGUAAUGGUUCUGUGGAAAAUAUUUGGUACUUCCAACAUAGCUUCUUGGUGGAGGGAAUGUAAUCCCGCACAUAGAAAGAUAGCAGAUGUAGGAAGGCUAAACUAUUAUUUAUUAUUUUUUGAGAGUAUUUAUCGGGUUUUUUUUUUUUUAGUCCAGUAAGGCCUUGAAUUAAAACAAACUACAUUGUAGUACAGUAAAAUCGCUACAAAUAACAGCUGGACCAAACUGUUGCUUGACCAUCAAAUAAUAUCAAAAUUAUCAGAGAUAAUGAAAGGCUCUAAAACCUACAAUAUUUCUAAAAUGUCAUGAGGAAUGACAAUAUUCACACAGCCUCUUCUGGAAGGUGAUCCAGAGUGAUGGUUCUAUGGGGAAUAUAUAUAUGUGUGUGUGUGUAUUUUGUACCUCCAAUGUAGCCUCUUGAUGGAGGGAAUGAUUUGAGAUGUGAAGGCUUUGGUUGGAAAACAGAUGUUGCCUUAACCUAGUUCUGCAUUUCCGAAAUGGUUCAGUCCUAUGUUUAUUUACUUAGAAUUAUAUUCCACUCUUUCAGGGGGAUUUACUCCCUAAAACUAUUUGGACAUAAAAUUAAGAAACCAAAAUAUUUGGCCUAUAGAUAGGAACAAAGAAGAAUAUAUUUUUGUGACUCUGUUAUCAAAUGUGAACAGAGAGAGAGUUUUGAAACCGAAAUGGAAAAGGUACCUUCAGAAGAGUUAGAGGUGAAAGACCACACUUUGUGGCAGUUUUUGUUCUAAGAUCUUUUCUCUCUCUCUUUGUAUUGGCUGAUAAGGGAGAUCUCCCCACCAACUUUUUUUUUUUAUCCAUCUUGGAAAGUAUGGAAUCCCUGAAUGAACAUCCUUUUGGAAAUAACUUCAGAAUAAAGAACUUUCACAAUUAGUGCCUUGUGUGUGCGGUUUCUGAAGAGAGGACGUAACUCCAGGCUGUGGCCCUUGCAGAAAGGAACGAGAUGAUGGUUCAUAAAAGCCAAGAAUACCUUUACUCCAAGCUGUGCUUUUAUACACUGAUUCUGCAUUUUCUGUUGGCACUCAUUUGGUUUGUUGAAAGAGAAUUUGCUUUCUUGCGAGGGAUUCUCGGAUUUGAGUGAAAUUGAAAUGUGUUCCUGCAGUCAUUGACUAUAUUUAACCUAUUAAGCAUUUAACCUGGUUAUUGAAUUAACCGUAGGGGUGGGGUGGGGGGCGGCACAAUACAAUGAAUCCUAAUCCUACUAAACUGCUCUGGUUUGCAUACCAACUGAUCUAUAACUCCAAAUCCUUUUUUUAAAAAAUCCUGUUUGUUUCUAAUGAUUCUUAGAGGGUUACUUAUGCAAGAGCUUCCUUGAACUAGUACCUUGCUGAAGCCCUGCACUGAAACACCCAUAAUUUGCAGAAAAAGGGCACGCUAGGUGGAAAUUAUGAGGUAACUUAAUAUUUCUGGAGGAAAAAAAAGUCUUAAUAUAUUUAUCUCAUACAAUUCAAAAACUCUGCCAUUAGAGGGAGCUCAAGAUUUUCAAAAGAAACUGCUUCAUCUUCACAAUUUUAGGCAAUCAUACAGUAGUUUAUUAUAUUACUUUUUAAAUUAUUCCCUGCUCUUCCUUUCAACAGAGCGACUUUGACAAUAGCAGUAAGAUUUAGGGAAACUUCAAGUAAAAUGCUAGAAAUUAUGUCAUGAAACAUUCCAUUAUACUAUUAAAAUGAGGCUGGAUGCAGUUAUGGUUUAUUGAGGCAACCUGGUUCCUGGUGCUUAAAGGAGUAAAUCCCUGCAGUUUUGAUUUUCAGAAGUGAUUUUCUACUGUCUUUUUCCUAAA